CCUGUCUGUGGCCGGUAGACCAUGGAGCCCCGAAGGUGGUCAGCCCGGGAGUGGGCCGCCCCGUCUCACCUACUGCCGCGAGGGGGCGUUUUGAAGCUGUGGCUCUUUGAGUUCUGGCUAUUACUUCUGGGUUCAGGUUUGAACGAGGGAUUCUUGCCUGAUGAAGAGGAUGUGGACUUUAUCAAUGAGUACGUGAACAUCCACAAUGAGCUCCGGGGCCAAGCCAAUCCCCGACCGUCUAACUUGCGCUUCAUGACUUGGGAUGUAGCUUUGUCUCGGACUGCUAGAGCAUGGGGGAGAAAAUGUUUGCUUCAGCAUAAUAGUCAUUUAGAAGAAGUAAAGAUGGCCCAUCCUGUAUUUAACGGUAUUGGUGAAAAUAUUUGGGUCGGCCCUGAAAAUGCGUUCACUGCAACUAUUGCCAUUAGAAGUUGGUAUGAAGAGAGGAAGAAUUAUGACUUUGAAAAUGACACUUGCAAAUCAGAGUGUUCUAAUUAUCUGCAGGUUGUUUGGGAUCUCACUUACAAAGUUGGUUGUGCUGUUACUGCCUGUCCAAGAAUAGGACGUAUUCAAGAUGCAGCACUUUUCAUAUGUAACUACGCACCAGGAGGAACUCAGAAAAGAAAGCCUUACAAGCCAGGACGGCAUUGUUCUAGAUGUGACAGAUAUGACAGAUGCACAGAUCUUCUAUGCAGUAACGCAGAGCGUGACCAAGCCACAUAUUACAAAUUUUGGUAUCCAAAAUGGGAAGUACCCCGGCCUCUUGUGUGUGAUCCAAUGUGCAUACUUACUUUAUUACUAAGACUGGUAUGCUUGUCGCUAUGUACUACAGCUGUUUUGAUAGUGCAGUCUCACUUUCCAAAUAUAUUAUUAGAAGAAGAAAUGUUAAACAAGCUUGGGGAAACUGAAGGAGAGCCAAAAGAGGUGGAGAAUAAAGUGCAAGAGGUACGGGAGAAGGAGGAGACAUAGAAAAGUACUGUGAAGAUUAACACUGAUGAAUAAACAAAGGGAAAUAUUUUUUAAAAAGCAAAAAAUAAAAAACACUAAAUUUUAGCAAACGAGAACUACUCUUGCAAUACGUUUUUUUCCCUCUCUCUUCCCAUCCUUAUCCAGCAAAUUUAAAUGAAACAAAGAAGCAAAAAAUGUAUUUUAUAGUAUAUGUUGUAAGGCAAACUCUUGGCCCCUAAGAAUAGCUAAAGAUGUGAUGAUAAAAAUUCUAAAAAGAUUUGACAGUCUAAUUAAUAUUAAGAUGAUACUAUGUUAAUCUGAUAAGGGAGGGAAUUUCCAUUUUUUAAAUAUGUCUCUAUCUGUAUGUUUCUACAUCUGUAUUUUAAAUAUCUUUAAAUGAGCUUCUCAAAUAUUAAAAAAGAUCAUAUAAGAUGCUUACUACCAUUCCAAUUUCAGAACAACCAUUUAAUAAGUUUGGAUUAUGUUGUUUUUAAUCAUUUUUAUUAUAGUUGUUAUCGCUAUUGGUGAUGGUGGUAUUUUCCAUGUGAUAUCAAGGCAUCUAAUAUCAUUAUUUAUUUAUCUUUGUAAUAUUUGUGUUUGGAAUAGUUUGAGUGGUACUUGUGUACGCUGUUAGAGGACAAAUUUAUUAUGUCUACUUCAUGUUCAGUAUUUCACGAAAGCUUUGCUGUAAUUCUUUUAGACUAUAUAAUGUGUUGCUGCCAAAGACUAAUAAAUGUCAAAAAUCAAUUCAUUGUGAUUGAGCAAUCU